AUGGACAGUGAAUUUGGAGAUCAGUGUUUCUCCUUGAUGGAUACUGAUGACAUUAAGGACAAAGACACAGUCAAAGUCUUCUCCUCUGGGUCCCGUGACGCUGUGAUAUUGUCCUCUCCAGAGAGCACCUCAUCCCAACGUUUACAUCCUUGGCCAUCUCAGUUUGAAAUUCCUGGCUUUGCUUACGACACAGAGCAGCAUGCAGAAAGGAUGGAACACUACUCAACAGUCCGGGUGUGAAGUCCGACAUCCUGGAGAGACUGUCUGAAAGUAUAUUCCAGUUUACAGCCUAUCUUUCAAGUCUACAGUAUAUUCCAGUUUACAGCCUAUCCUUCAAGUCUACAGUAUAUUCCAGUUUACAGCCUAUCCUUCAAGUCUACAGUCUAUUCCAGUUUACAGCCUAUCCUUCAAGUCUACAGUAUAUUCCAGUUUACAGCCUAUCCUUCAAGUCUACAGUAUAUUCCAGUUUACAGCCUAUCCUUCAAGUCUACAGUCUAUUCCAGUUUACAGCCUAUCCUUCAAGUCUACAGUCUAUUCCAGUUUAUAGCCUAUCCUUCAAGUCUACAGUACAUUCCAGUUUACAGCCUAUCCUUCAAGUCUACAGUAUAUUCCAGUUUACAGCCUAUCCUUCAAGUCUACAGUAUAUUCCAGUUUACAGCCUAUCCUUCAAGUCUACAGUAUAUUCCAGUUUACAGCCUAUCCUUCAAGUCUACAGUAUAUUCCAGUUUACAGCCUAUCAUUCAAGUCUACAGUAUAUUCCAGUUUACAGCCUAUCCUUCAAGUCUACAGUAUAUUCCAGUUUACUGUCACGAUCGUCAAACACAGUGGACCAAGGCGCAGCGUGAUAUGCGAACAUACUUUUAUUUAUAUUCACCCACACGAACAAAACCACAAAACGAUACGUGAAGUCCUUGGUUUACAACACAAAACCAACACGGAACAAGAUCCCACAAAACACUGUGGAAAACAGGCUGCCUAAGUAUGGUUCCCAAUUAGAGACAACAAGCAACAGCUGACACUCGUUGCCUCUGAUUGAGAACCACCCCGGCCAACACAGAAACACAUGAGCUAGAUACAGAACCUAGAACACAAACACAAUGAAACAACACACCCUGGCUCAACAUAACAGAGUCCCAGAGCCAGGGCGUGACAUUUACAGCCUAUCCUUCAAGUCUACAGUAUAUUCCAGUUUACAGCCUAUCCUUCAAGUCUACAGUAUAUUCCAGUUUACAGCCUAUCCUUCAAGUCUACAGUAUAUUCCAGUUUACAGCCUAUCCUUCAAGUCUACAGUAUAUUCCAGUUUACAGCCUAUCCUUCCUCCUGCCAAGUUGCAGAAGCCUUGGUAGCAAAGCACCCGUACCUUAAGGAUCCUGGGUCCUUGUCAGUCAUAUCUGGGUGGCAAUGCAGCCUGAAGUAAAAGAUGGGCAAUUACAGAUCAAAACUGAGAGGAAACGGAUGCCCAGAGCCGUAUGUGAACUCUAUGAAGAGAAAACCAACAGAAGGAAGAACUCUGGCCAAGAACGGAAAAAAGCCACAAAAAAAAGCAGAAGAAGACAGAGGUAAAUGACCUCCCGCCCCAUCCCAUUGGUGAGACAGAAGAGAAACCAGAGAAGGCGAGAGUAGCGCUAUUCAGCAAAGUACAAAAACGAGACAACAGCAACAGUGUGAGUGAAAAAAUGGCCGACCUUCUCACAUAGAAGACAAGAUGUCAUGCAGAGCCCUCCUGUGAGUGUCUUCAAAGAAAGAUGGCCGGCCCUGUUCCAGCCUGCUCAGGUACAGUUUCAGUUGAAUUAUAAUGAAUGUAAAGAUUGAUGAUGAUUCUUUGUUGUCUUGACUUCAGGUACGUAUCACAGCCUCAGUAACAAUGAAGGAAUAGAAGGUAAAGGUUAUUUAAAUUUUUUCAUAGCUUUAUUUAUUUAGGUAUGUCAUUUAUCCCUCUACUCUCUCCUCCCUCAGCUUACAGCUUGAUUUCCUGGAUCUAGUUGACCUCGUCUACGUACAUUUACUUAGUUUUUAACUUCUCAGGAUGCUGACGACAACAUCGUCCGAGAGGACCUCGCUCAGCACGUGCUGAAGGUGUACGUGGUGAGAGAUGGGGAUCCAGAGCACGGGAUCUGCAUUGAAGGAGCCACGGUCCUGGCUGGUAUUCCCAGUGUUGCACAGGCAUAUAUCUUGCUUAUGGGCCUUAUCUAUUGCUUAAAGGUUACAAAGGGCCAAUCCCAAAUCGUCCCCUAA